GGUUUAGUUAUCAUCACCAUCAUCAUCAUCAUCACCAGUGUGUGGAUGGGAGAGUCCCUCCUCACAGUUUGUGUCAUUGUAUUAAGCUCUCUUUCUCUCUCAGACUUCGCAGUCUCUUCUACUCUCCACACGUGAAGAUUUGAUGCCAGAUUCUGAAACGAAUCAGUGACAAAUCCCGUCAGACACAAUGACAGCCACAAACGCUCCGCGAGACAGGUAUAAUGCUGUAUGGAUCAUAUUCUUCAUUCUGGGCCUGGGAACUCUACUACCAUGGAAUUUCUUCAUGACUGCCACCAUGUACUUCACCAACCGUCUGAAGGACCCACAGACUAACGGAGAGCACAAUCAGACAGCCAAUAUGACGAAGACGACAGAGGGCGACAGUCGUAACAUCCUAGAGUCAAAGUUCAACAAUGUGAUGACGCUGUGUGCCAUGGUACCGCUGCUGAUUUUCACCUGCCUCAACUCCUUCAUCCACCAGAGGAUUCCUCAGAAGUUGAGGAUCUCAGGCAGUCUGACGGUCAUUUUGGUGGUGUUUCUCAUCACAGCCGUGCUGGUGAAGGUGGAGAUGGAGCCCCUGCCAUUCUUCGUGUUUACUAUGAUCAAAAUCAUCUGCAUCAACUCAUUCGGGGCGAUUCUGCAGGGGAGUCUGUUUGGGUUGGGUGGAAUGCUCCCAGCAUCGUACACUACGCCCAUCAUGAGCGGACAAGGCCUGGCAGGGGCGUUCGCCGCCUUCUCCAUGAUCUGUGCACUCGCCUCGGGCUCACGAUUGCAGGACAGCGCCUUUGGCUACUUCAUCACUGCCUGUGUGGUUAUUCUCCUGGCCAUCAUUUCUUACCUCGCUCUGCCUAAAAUGGAGUUUUUCCAGUAUUUCUCUGAGAGCAGUGGCUCCCGAUCCAGCGCUGAUGAGGAAAACAAGAUGGAUUUGCUGAAACCAGAAGGUCAAGCAGAGAAGAGGCCGGUCCUGAGCCUGACUGAUGAAGAGAGCAGACCUGCCGUGUCGGUGUUUGGCAUCUUCAAAAAGAUCUGGGUGAUGGCUCUUUCUGUAUGCUUUGUUUUCACCAUCACCAUUGGCAUCUUCCCAGCCGUCACUGUUGAAGUCAAAACCACUGUUGCUGAUAAAGGGAGUGGUUGGGAUACUUAUUUUAUCCCUGUGUCCUGCUUCCUCCUGUUCAACGUGAUGGACUGGGCCGGUAGGAGCCUGACUGCUCUUUGUAUGUGGCCCGGUAAAGACAGCAUCUGGCUGCCCGUCCUGGUCAUCGCACGCUUGGUGUUCGUUCCCCUCUUCAUGUUCUGUAACGUUACGCCCAGAUCCAACCUGCCUGUGUUGUUCGCUCAUGAUGCCUGGUACAUCGUUUUCAUGAUCCUCUUCUCCUUCAGCAACGGGUACCUGGCCAGUCUCUGCAUGUGCUUCGGACCAAAGAAAGUGUCCCAACAUGAAGCGGAAACCGCAGGGGCCAUCAUGGCCUUUUUCCUCUCUCUCGGCUUGGCUGUGGGAGCCGCGCUGUCCUUCGGUUUUCGGGCCAUGAUCUAGAACCGUGGCCUAGUUCUUAGUGUGAUGAAGAAGAGGAACUUCAACCCAAAAUACACAGAGAGCCAGAGAAAAUGUUUUAAUACUGCACAUGUAUCCGUUUGCCUGUUUGUCCCUCUUGUGUGGAAGACAUGGAACUGGAAUAGACCGUAUUCACACAGGGAUUCAAAGAGGGACUCCUUCGUCUUCAUCAACAUCAGGCAAAAAGCAAAAAAAAAAGAGCCAAAGCUGUCUGCAUUUUUUUUUUUUUUUUUUUUUUUUUUUAAUACUUUUUGUAAAUUGUGCCUAUUUAGUAUUUAGCAAUAAUGUAUAGUUCAGGUUAACCCUUUCCUGUUUUAGUUAUAUUUAAUGUUUUUGUAGGUUAACAGUUUUAAUGUUACGGUUUUACUUUUGUUUAGUGAUAGCAGAGAAAUGCAGCUAUUAGGGCAGUAGUUCACUGAAAAAAAAAAAAAAAAAGAAGUAUUUUUGUCUGUUUUUCAAUUACAAAUGUCAAAAAUUCAAAAUGAAUUUUCAAUAUGAUAUGAAGUCUUGUUUUCUGCAAAAUCUGUUAAGAUUCAGUGAGAUUAUGCUUAAAACAAGAAAAAAAUCUGGUUUUGCUUUUGAAUUGUUUUCUUACAUUAUUGCCAGAUUUUUUUCUUGAUUUAAACUUGACCUGAGGAUGUUAAGAUUUUAAGUCAUUUUUCUGAUGUAUCUUCAUUUAAGAAUGUUUAGAUAUUUAUACUGAAAAUGAGACAAAUACUGAUUAAGAAACAUUUUUUGCAGUGGCUCUAGAUAAAUCGUACUGUAUCACACCAUUAAAGGGCCCCAAUUUGAGUUUAUAGUGGCAUUUUGAAUCUUAAGAUCUGUUCAGAUGUCUGCUUUUUUUGUCAGCUUUUUGUCAACAAGUUCAAAUACUGGCCUUAUUAUAUUUAUGUCAGAAAUGGUUGAAGUUUCUCAUUUUAAAUGAAGUCAGGAGUGAAGGCCUAAAAUUGUUACAUUUGACCUUAUUAUUUAUAUUUUUGUAACAGCCUUUUUUUAUGAAAUGUUAUUAAUGCAGCAUGUAUGAUAACACAAUUUAACCAUGUAAAUUCACAACUUACUUUGGUGCCUUUUUAAUGUGCUUGUUUUCCAAAAAAAUUACAAAAUUGAAACGUGUGGUUGAUGGGCGGCUGAGUGGGUAGCUGAAUGGAAUGGGAAGGAAAUAAACACAUUUCUGUUUGUAA